GCGAAAGUAGCAGGCGGCGGCCGGUGGAGCGGCGGCGGCUGCGGGAAGCUCACCGACGAUGGACUCGGGAGAAGGCUCUUCCGCUGGCGUCAGCAAGGAGAGAAACACACAAUACAAUAUGGAGUGGCCUAGUGAUUGUUUUAUAGAAGAACCAAGGCCAAUUCAUCAAGACUGGCCAAUGAACAUUCAAUUCGAUCUGAACUUGAAUUGGCCUUUUGACAGUCAGUUUGAGGUGAAUUUGGAUUGCAAUUUCCAGGGCUCAGAGAAGAAACCUAUUGAUCUGAAUCAGGAAGACAAUGAAUUUGACUCUUAUAAGUAAUGAUUCAGGGUGUGGAAAUGUUGGUGUUGAUGGCCACACCGAACUUGAUCCAGAGUUGUUCCCUGCAAGUGAUGCUGAUGUAGAUGAAGUGGAUGGUGAUGAAGUGGAUGAAUUGGAAGAAUUGAGCAAGGUAGCCAUGUCCAGGGCAGCAAGGAGAGUAGAAUCAAAGGCCAAAGCAACUAAGGCAAGAAAGUUGAAGCAAAAGAUUGCUGCUGGAACAACAAAGGAAGAUGCAUAUGUGAUUAGUGAUAGCUGCAGUUCAGAUAUUAAAGGCAUCACUGAUUCAAGUGAUGAUGAUGGAGUUGAGUUGAUUUCCCAAAGAUGUGUCUUGAAGAAAAAGAGCAGAGCAAAGGCACUAAAGGACAUGAAGUAUUAUGAUGACAAGAAAAACAAAGCACAUGAGCAGCUGGAGGUGGAUAUGUACUUUGUUAAUGUGAGAGAAGUCAGGAAGGCCAUUGAAGACUAUCACAUUAAAUACACAAGGAACUUCACUUCUCUGAAAAAUAAUCAAGAGAGAGUGGUCGCUUGUUGUAGCUCAAGUGGGACAUGCUCUUUCAUGUUUAUCUCUGUAAUAAAAGGAGAAACCACACACUGUAUUAGGCAGCUCAAUCUGUCUCACACUUGUGGCACAAAUACUGAAACCUCAAGGAUCAAUAGCUCAUGGAUUGCCAAGAAGUAUGAAGAUCUAAUUAGGAGUGAUCCAAGCAUAAAUAUCAGUGUUAUUCAAGAUAACAUCAUGAGAGAGCAUGGAUGAAGCGACCGCCCCCGUACAGGGUUCGAUC